UCUGGGCCGCAGGAAGAUGGAGUGCUUCUCUUCCAGUGUGAUUAUGAUCAUGGCCAUUUCCACAGCGUUUGAACUGGGCUUAGUCGCUGGAUUGGGCCACCAUGAACUUGCACGUCCGUCCCAGGGAGACUUGGCCUUCAGAGCUGACAGCAUUCGGUCCCAGGAGGAGCCUGCAGUUGGUCAUCGGCCUUUCCAGUUUGUGCCAUCCACAGGAAUCCAGGACAGUAAAGAGCUAAACAAAACCUGCUGUCUGAAUGGGGGGACCUGCAUGCUGGGGUCCUUUUGUGCCUGUCCCCCCUCCUUCUACGGCCGGAACUGUGAGCAUGACGUGCGCAAAGAAAACUGUGGGUCUGUGGCCCAUGGCGCCUGGCUGCCCAGGAAGUGUUCCAUGUGUAAAUGCUGGCACGGCAGGCUUCGCUGCUUUCCUCAGGCAUUUCUGCCAGGUUGUGAUGGCCACGUGUUGGAUGAGCACCUCACGGCUUCCGGGACUUCAGUAUUAACACUGUCUGCACGCACCACUCUUACGCUAGCUGGCAUCUGCCUUGCUAUACAAAGUUACUAUUAAUCAACAUUUGCAUGCAACAUUUGUCACUAAAUGUCAUGACCUAUAAAGGCUGUCUCUCCAUUGUCCUAACUGAGAGAUGAUCAUUUGUCUGUUGCCUUGAAAUAGUGAAUAGAUUUA